AUGGCCCUGUGGCGCUCACUUCACCUGAGCAACCGUUACAUCAGCCAGCACGUGUUCCUCCUGCUGCGCUUUUACCUGGCGCAGUUUUAUUACCUCGGAUUGAUGCGGCUCCGUUACGACGAAUCCCGAAACGCGUUGCAUUUGACCCACUACAGUGUCACGGUGUCAAGGAUGAUUGGCCUCUGGUUCGCCUUCUUCUUCACCUUGGCCCUCCUGCAUCCCUACACCCUGAUGCUCCACCUCCAGCUGGUGGGUUUCACGUGCUGCCUGUUAAUCCAGUCAAGAGGAGUCGUCGAGGAGCGAACGCGACUGGUGAAUAGGAUCAUUGCACUUUCGCCGCAACUCCAUCGCCUUUGCAGGAGGAAGUUGAAGUUGUCCUGGUCACUGAUUUUCCAGUUUCUGGUCAAGCUGCUCACCUUUCGGAUGUUUUACGAGGGAUUUCUGGUGCCCAGGGAAUCCAGCUUUAAAAUGCUCUUCAUAUUUUUAUUCGUGGUGCCAAUUUCUUCUGCCAUUUGGAUAAUGGAUGUAACCUCACAUUUAAUUGGUAUCUUGCUUAUCCUGCUACGAAAAUCCUUUGAGUUGGUGAAUCAGGAAAUGGUCCUCGUGGAUGAAAAGCUCUGCAUGAAAAUCCUACGAUCGGACUUCAUAGCGGUGAGGAAAUUACAGAAACGUCUCAUUUCCCUGCAACGAUUGCAUGGAUCUUAUGUCAAAUUUACUCAGCAGUUGAUCGCCUGUUUGAGUCCUCAGUUAAUCUUAAUUGUUCUCUACCAUCUGAGUGCCAUUUACACCUUCUCAAGUGGCGAAUGGCGACGCAUGUUCCAGUUUGGAGUGUACUUCAAUGGCCUGCGAUCGCUUUUGCAUAACCUCGAUGAGCUGGUGAAGAUCACAGGUGCUCCGCAGGACACUUCCUGGAUGCAUGUGGCCAAGUUACUUCAGUUCGAGGAGAUUUUGGCCAAUUAUGGAUGGUUGGAAAGGAAAGGAUUUCGAUGGAGCAUCCAGGACAUCGACAGUUUUGGCCAGAGUGUAAGACGCUCUUGGUUUCAAAGAAAGUUACUAAUUCUUGGAUUGGUAACGCCCAACAGACAACUGCUGUUUAGGGUGUCCUUUGCCUUCUGCAGUCUUUUACAUUUGCACUACAUGUGGAAAAGGUCAGCCUUGGUCACCGAAAAGGAAAUCUUUAUUGGAUCAGAAGUGAGAGUAAAACACAAACAUUGA